CGUAACCCGGAAGCCGCGUGUCUGCUGUCACUGCCAACAGCAGGAUCCGCCAGCUACUCCCGCACUAAGACAAGAUGGCAGGUCUGCCCCGCAGGAUCAUCAAGGAAACUCAGCGGUUGCUAGCAGAGCCCGUCCCAGGCAUCAAGGCAGAGCCCGAUGAAGGCAAUGCCCGUUACUUUCAUGUGGUCAUUGGCGGACCGCAGGACUCACCUUUUGAGGGAGGCACAUUUAAACUUGAACUCUUUUUACCAGAGGAAUAUCCCAUGGCCGCUCCUAAAGUGCGUUUCAUGACCAAAAUAUACCAUCCCAACGUGGACAAGUUGGGAAGAAUAUGUCUGGAUAUUUUGAAAGAUAAAUGGUCACCAGCUCUGCAGAUUCGUACAGUGCUGUUAUCAAUCCAGGCUUUACUUAGUGCUCCCAACCCAGAUGAUCCCCUAGCGAAUGAUGUUGCAGAGAAGUGGAAGUCCAGUGAAGCUGAAGCCAUAGAAACAGCCAAGACAUGGACCAGGCUUUAUGCUGGAAACAAAAAUGAAGUGUAAAGCUGCCUAAAAGGUGGAGACACAAGUGAAAGUCAAGUCAACUCAUGUGCUGCCAAGACCACCUCCUGCUUCAUUUGCAUUUAAAGGACACAGCCUUUUAUUUUUUAUAUAUAUGAAAACAACUGCUGAUAUUUGGUGAUUUUCAAUGUACACUAUUAAUGCAAUGACUUGUCUUUGUCCUAACUCACUACUAUUCAAAUGCAUGGGCAGAGAUUUUAGAUCUACUCACCUGGCUUUCUUUGUCCAAUGGGGAGGAAAGGUUGUCCGUCUUAUGUCCCACAUAUUUGGGGUAAUAAUGUGAGUUUUUGGGGGGAGGUGGAUCAGUGGAAUAGGUUGGGAUGAGAAAUUGGCUAGCUGUUGUCAGUAUACUAUGCUUUUUUUUAUUUUUGUUUUAACUUUGUUUUUGUGUCGCUGUUUGUUUAAUAAAAGCAGCUAACUACUACUAGUCCACUGUGUGUAGACACUCACCCGGAUGGUUUUGUCCUGUGUAGAUCCCCCACCAGGACACAAUCAUUACUUACACAAUCUUUUAAGUCACAUAGUAUCAUUAUAUAAAAAAGUGAGAAGACUUCAAACCAAACAGCCUGUCUUUUCAACCACUCUGUGUAGACUUGGAUGUACUGUAGGACCCUGGACGGGGACAGUAUGAUGGGUACAGUGGACAUUGGACCUUUCUUUAGUUUUAGCGCACACAGCGCAUGUUCAUACACUAUAAAGGUUUUUGUAUGUGACUUUUUCAUCCUCUUGCUGUAGUAACUGCUCUUAUUUCUCACCUUCCUUUAUGUCAUCUCAGUCUUAUUCAAGAAGACGCAGUGGUUUACCUGCUCCCAGUGGUAUUUAUUUCACAAAGCGACGGUUACAUUUGAGCCGUCAGUUGUCUGAUGAUGUGAAUGGAAUGAUGGAGUGGUAGCAAAGAGAAUCAGGAUCGUCUAAUAGUCAAACUCAGACCGAUGAAAGUGCUCGACUCUGGGCUUUGGCGAUUGUUUUAUCUUCAGUUCAUUGUGUAAAUUCAUUCUUUAUGAAUCUGAAGAGAUGUUUUUCCUGCUCUCAGAAUAGACUGCUAUGUAACAGUUCACCUGCAUACUUGUAUGUUCUGUAAAUAAAUUCUGUUGAUUAAUAAA